GGGCCGGCAGGUGGGGGCUGCCGGGAGGCGGAGGGCGAGGAGCCGGGCGGGUUUGCCUGUCCGCCUCCGGAGGUGCGGCCGGCGGCACGGCGCGGCGAGCGGGCUGCCGCGGGAGGCGUACGGCGGCGGCAGCAGCGGUGGCGGCGGUGGUGUCCGCAUCCGCAGCCCGGGCCGCGGAGGGGUCGGCGGGGCCCCUUGCUGCAGAGCCAGAUGUGCGGGACGCGGGGCUGCGAGGGGUCGGCGGGGAGGUGCUGGGGGCUGCCGCCGCCGCUGCUGCCGCGACCGGGGGGGAGCCCUUAGCUGUGCGGGAAGUGGGAAAGCCGUGUCGGGAGCUGUUAUUUUCUUCUCCUCCUUCCUUUGCCUUCCCUCUUGUCCCUCCUCCCCCUCCUCACCAAAACCGGGAGAGGAGGCGUGUUCGGUGCCUUGCUGCACCGGUUUUGCUUGGUUUGUUGUUGCAGGGCUUGGUUCGCGGGGUGGCUGGUUUCUUUCUUUUUUUCUCUUUUCUCUUCCAACCUCCCCGCCUUCUCCCUCCUCUCCUUUGGCCCAUUGCAUGCUCGGAUCUGGCUGGAUCCUUCCUUUUAUUUUCGGCGGUGCCUCUCGGAAGGGGGAAGGGAGAGCUGGGAUGAGUGCAGCUUGACGCACAGGCGAGGAGAGGGGGGGCACCGUCGGCAGCUGCAGCGGUUCGUGGCCGCAGGGUGAGGGUGAGGAACGGAGCGAGCGAGGGGCUCCCUCGGUGCCUCCCCCUUUCUUCGCCCCUGUCCUUCUUCCCCUCCUCCCUCUCUCCCUCCCCCAUCGGUCUCCUGCCGGUCCGGCUGGGAGCGUGUGUGCAAUAUCUUACGUUGCAAGGUGUGUGUGUGCGUGAGCGGAGCAGAGGGAGGGAAGGACUCGCGAGGGAGCCGGGGCUGCCCCGGCCCCCCCCUAUGUGAGCCUCCCCGGGCGGCUGGAUGGCGAUAGACCGACGCCGUGAGGCGGGCGGCGGGGGCCGGCCGCUGCCGGAGGAGAACGGCUCGGUGCCGGGGGCCGUGGGGGGGGGCGCCGCCGCCCCCUCGGGGCCGCCCCCCGCCAACGCCGCCGGGGCCGAGAUCCAGGCGGUGCCGGUGCCGCCGCCCGCCGCCGCCUGCAGCCCGCUGCUCCUCGACUAUGACGGCUCGGUGCUACCCUUCCUUGGGGGGCUGGGCGGCCGGUACCAGCGGACCCUGGUGCUGCUCACCUGGGUCCCGGCUCUCGUCAUCGGCUUCAGCAAGUUCUCGGACUCCUUCCUCCUGGACCAGCCCGAUUUCUGGUGCCGGGAGGCGGACGGGCAGGGCAACUGGAGCGGGACCCUGGCGCCUAUCCACGCCAACCACAGCGGCAACGGGAGCAUCUUCCCGCCGCCCGUGCUGCCCACCCCUGCGGGGGGCAACGCCAGCGAGUGCGGCUGCCGCGAGUGGCACUACCGCAUCAGAGCCGGCCUCGUCCAAAACGUCGUGAGCAAGUGGGAUCUUGUUUGUGAUUCUGCCUGGAAAGUCCACAUUGCGAAGUUCUCCCUGCUUGUAGGAUUAAUCUUCGGCCACUUGAUAACAGGAUGUAUAGCCGACUGGGUUGGUCGACGGCCUGUACUGCUCUUCUCUGUCAUAUUCAUUUUGAUAUUUGGACUGACAGUGGCACUCUCAGUGAAUGUGACCAUGUUCAGCACACUCAGGUUUUUCGAGGGAUUUUGCCUGGCUGGAAUAGUCCUCUCCCUGUAUGCACUGCGGAUAGAGCUGUGUCCUCCCGGGCACCGGUUCAUGAUCACCAUGGUGGCGAGCUUCAUCGAGAUGGCAGGGCAGUUCCUCAUGCCGGGGCUGGCUGCCCUCUGCAGGGACUGGCAGGUCCUCCAGGCCGUCAUCAUCUGUCCCUUCCUGCUGAUGCUGUUCUACUGGGUUAUUUUCCCAGAGUCCCUUCGGUGGUUGAUGGCUACACAGCAGUUUGAGGCAUCCAAAGAACUGAUCCUUCAGUUCACGCACAAGAACAGGAUGAACACAGAAAGCGACAUCAAAGGAGUGGUGCCUGUGCCGUGUGUCUUUAGAGACAUCUCUUGAAGAAUUUUACCACAGCUACAAGAGUGCGCCUUCAGCUCUGUGUGCCUCUGGAAACUGUGUUUUAAGGAAGCUGCUUGCUGGGAUCCUGCCCAUCACCCAACACUUAUUCUGUUGGUUUGGAGAAGCAGCAGCACUCAAACCCCCUAUUCUAAAGUGCCAGCCCCAUGGGAAACUUAAACCACAUUACAGUUUCUCUUUAAAGCUUUGUUCCAAGAGCUGUUUUGCUCUCCUCUCCUGUGUCAUCCGAGUGAUGCUGCUUUAGGGAUGGGGGGGUUGCUGCAAGUAGCAGCGGUAAGGUGCAGUUUUUGCUUGAGAGUCUAAAUUAUCAAUUCCUUGGUGUAGUGAUGCUUUUAGAAAGAGAUGGAUCCCCUCAUCACCAGAACUGUCACUGAAAUAGCCAAGAUCCUGUCAUGCAGGUUGCUUUGCAGAAGAGACUCUGUGUGUGUGUGUGUGUGUGUGUGUGUGUGUGUGUGUGUGCGUGUGUGUCUAAUCACAACAAAGGCAAAGAGUUUCUGGAUCUUCAUCUCACCAGUGCACCUGUCAGAUUUGGUUCAGGCUCCCCUUUUCCUUCUCACAAGUUGACUCUGCCCCCAUAAACACUCAUUUUGCACUGUCACUUGCAAUCUGUGUCAGACUACCCACUUAUCAGAAGACGGUGGAAACAUUUCUUUUUCUUCCCCCACUUUUCCAACCCUACCUGCUCUGACCCCAGGGGCUGCAGGAAAACCUCUGUCAGUAUCUCUGCCAGUGGGUAGAAGUGAUGCUUGUGCACUUGUCUGAUCCUUGUCGAAGGUCUCUGGGGUAACUGCAGUUUCAGUCAGUCGGCAUAAAAGGCAUCAGUCAGCCCUGGAACAGGUUUCAUCCAGGAUAGAAAACCGUCACCAUUAACAUCAGUGCCUAAUGAAUGAAGUAGUCUCCAUCAGCAAGGGAUAAGAAGCCCAGCUCAGAAUCUCUGGUAUACAUACCCAGGCCUUUGGUGUGAUUUUUGGGGCAGUUGGCACACUGAUGUUAAUUAGCUGGCUUGCAUCUAAUUGUGUGUCUGGGGUUACGGUUCCUGGAUCUGCAUCACACAACAUGGCUUUGCAAUGUAAAUACUAUUUGUCUGGUAAAGUUCUGAAAAGCAUUAGGGGUAUGUGAGUGGUCACUAACCUGUUGAUCUGCAUGCCCCCACUUCAUUUUUGCAGGUCUUCCUCAGAAUAAAUGAUGGACCUUUAGAAAUGAUGGAUCUCCGAGGCAACAAUUGGCCUUGGAGUUUCCCAACCAAUUCCUAAAUUUGGCUUUUGUCAGUCAGGUUCUUGAAUUUGCAGAUGAAAUAAAAUGUAUUUUAGUGGAAAGAAAAAACAAAUUACCUGAGUUUCCUCUAAAGAAAGUAAUAAAGACACAACUGUGUGCUGGAGGGAUUUAUUUAAGCCAUGUAUAAUGAUAUUGCCCAUGGAGGAAUGCUAAAUGUUGAAAUGGCUUUAUGACUAUUAUUUGUGACUGAUAACUUUUCCCAGCAGUUUCAUGGUAGGAGUACACUCCUGUUUAUGGAGGGGACUCCCUUUCAUGUGAAAAAACAGAGCGUUUUUUCACGUCUUGAUACUAUGUAUUAUCUGACUGCAAAUACAUUUAGAUAUAGCAGUUGUGAGUACAACACCUUUUUCAAUUUGUAAAUUAUUCAGAAUAUGGUUAUUUCUGCCUCCUUGUUGUUGAUGAGAUUGUUUGGGAUAUUGUUGGUGUUUUUUGUUAUUUCUUCCCUUGCUUUUUCUCUUUAAACUCCUUCUGCCGCUCCACACUUUAAGGCUUUUCUGAUGCAACCCUGGAGCUGCAUUUUUGCAAGGAGAGUAAGAGAGGAGCAGUAUCAAAAGGAUGAAAUAAGAUUAACUAUCCAACUACUGAAAGAAGGACCACCUCUCUCAUUCUGGGUGCAUGGGGGUGUUGAUGGUCUCAGUGAGGACAGGAGAACACUAGGAUUCUUGAAUUAAGAAUGUGAUCAGGUUGCAGGCCUUGUGUCUUGCAGUGGGUCAGGAAGGAGGAGGACCCAUUUCUCUGGCCUUGUGUGCUAUAAUAACAUGCCCAUAAUUGCUCUAGCAUGGAAUGGGUAAAAAGUUGGUACUUGUCUGGGAGAAAGGAUGCCAUUGAGCCUGGUGCAGAUAUCUCUUGUUUUCCCUUAACUCCAUUGUUGAGCUUUCCUAUCUGUGUGGAGGGAUUUCUGUUUGUGAUUUGUUUUAUUCUUUGUUUUCCAUCUGAAAGGGCUGGAAACUGUUUUGCUCUAGUUAGGGCCCAUUGUGUUGCUGUUUAUUAUUCCUCGCUGCAUUGUUGUAACAGCCUCCUGUGAUUGAAUUACUCCCAAUGCAUUUAAAUUAUAAACUGCUCACUUGCAGUCCCUUCCAGCUGAAAAUCUCACUGUAAUUUUAUUCAUACAUACCAGUCAAAUUAGUGUAUCCAGUAUAACAGAUCAUUACAGGAGUUACGGGAGUUUCAUAUAUACCUAUUUUGGUACUUGAUAUGAGUUCCAUAAUAAAAAGAAGCAGCAUUCGAGAGGGUGAAGUAUUUCUGGGACGCAAGAAAAUUUAAUUUUUAAUUGCUCUCUAAGCAAUGAGCAGGCUGAUUUUCCUUUCUGAAGAAUCACACCAUUUCCACUGCCUGCUGAAAUCUUUUGCUCAUCUAUUUGGCUACGCUGCCCGUAGUGGAGAGUGCCACUAACACUCUGCAGGGCCUGUUUGCUCCAUGGGGAGGUGGCCCAUGUGUUAAGUUGGGGGAAAGAAAAAGGAAGCAAAAUUUAUCUGCUGUUUUUCACAGUCCUUUGGGUUGAAGUGGUUUGCCAAUGCUCUCCUGGGAGAUGUCUCUAAAGACAACAGCUAAAGUCCAGACAGUGAUCCACCUGCAGCUGAAAGAUCUGGCAGCUGCCAUAACAACCCCUGCAAGGAGAAAUGAGGGUGGGCAGCUGAUGGGCAAUGCCCAGCCAGCAAGGUGGAAUGGGAGUGUGCUUACAUGGGAAACAGAGUGAGACAAGGGAUGUUGAUAGGACUCUAGAGUGUUGUAAAUUUACAUUGCCCUUAUCUUCAGUAGCCUGUCCCAGGGCAGAUGUUGGUUGCAUAAAGGGACCAUUUUCCUCAGCAGCUUUAGGUGGCUUUAUUUUUGAGUACUUGAUAUACCUCGUGAUUUUGGGCAGGAAUAAUUUGAUUUUGUAAUGAGGUUUUUGGGUUUAUGUGGUUGCAUUUUCUUCUUUAAUGCUUAAGAAACAUAGGUGUGCUAAUUAGACCUGGUUAAAUUAUCCAUAGUAUGUUUUUACUCAAAAUUUCACCAGCUGGCUUUAAACUUUGUCCUCUUUUACAAAUAAAAAUUAAAAUCUGUUUUUGCAUCAAGGAAAUUAUUUUUAUUCAACUGUGUGUUGAAAUGACAUUUUUAAAACAGGCUUGCUGAAUUUUGUUGACAAAUAUUUCAAAGCAUUACCUAAAAAGUCAGCUUCAAUCAUGAGCAAAUUAAAUAUUUUGAUAAUAUUAAUUAUAUUUUCACUGGUUUUUCACUACCAGUUUCUCAGAAAGCUUCACCAUCUCUUCUUUGUUUCCCUGUGGAACAAGAAACAAAUGGACAUUUCAGUCCAGCUGUGGGACAGUAAUUUUGACCUUAGUGACAUAAGUGCUAAGGAGGUACGAAGAUUGUUUAACAAAGAGGAGAAAAGAGUGUUUAGUGGCAUUGGAAAUCCCAAAGCACCAACCAUCCUUACACCUUUCUAGGGUGUGUUACACUUUAGCUGGCUUUCAUUAUUUUUAUAGAAUGCUUCCUUUUUCUUUGUGUGGGAGUGAAGGGUCUGUUUGUUGUCUGGAACUGAUUGUCUGCUGCAAGCUGACCUUGGCUGCACCAGAGCCCAAGUUUGCCAUGUUUGGGUGUCCUGGGAAAUGCUCUGCUUGAGACAAUGCUGGAUCAGCAUCAGAAGCAUCAGAACACCUGAUGAUUCUAUGGAAACCCACACCUGUGUGGUUCUCUUUGGCUUCCCCUGUGUGGGGAGACAUUUCAGGUGUUCCUUAACGUAAAAAUAACUGCUUGACCAGGCUAAAAAACAAAGCUCUCUUUUUGCUCUUCUCAGCAUGGAAACACAAACCAGAGGUACUCCUGUGGGCAGAGAGGUUAUAGCUGUUCCUCCCCAAGGCUCCUUCCCUUCUAAGCUUGGAGAAAUAAUAUUGAUGUAAUCACAAAAUGUGGGCAGCAAAGAUAAAGCAUCCAAAUAGAUGCCAGUUUAAGCAUGCAGGACACAGCAUGGAGAGGAUGAAGGGGUACAGUGGUGAUCAGUACUCUGUGUGUGUAUGUGUGUGGAUUGCAGUUAGGAAAGCUGUGGUUUUCAGGGAGUUUCCCUCUGUUGAAAAAAAAAUAAUUAUCUUUCACCUUUUUUGCUGCUGAACAACAUGCUGCCAUGACUUUUCUUUAAACAAAAGCUAUUUUUCUGUUUUGUUUUGCUAUAUAUAUUUUUUUCCUAAGCAUGAGGCUUGGAUCUAUGUAAUUAUAUGCUUUUUCCUUUUCCACUGGGUAAAUAGCAGAGGGAAGGGUGAAAAUGCCUUAUGUCUGAAAGUCGGUCUCUUUCCCUGUAAAGCUUCACUCAAACCCUUAGACCAUCACACCUAUCACUACACUACUGGUUUGAAACUUGUGAUAGAUGAAGAGUGUAUUAGCUGGAGAAGGAAAGCAAGUUUCCUGGCACCAUAAUACAAGUGAUUCCGUGUGAUUGUGAUGUACAAACCUGCCAGAUGUCCUCUUUUGCCAGAUCCUCUUUUUUGGGUGUUUAAUGGUGCCAAACUUAAAUGUUCCAUGCAGCUCCCAGAGGAUGGUCAGGUGAAUGUGGGAAAUGUAGUUAAAACAGUUCAAGGUGCUGUUUGAAGGCUAUGUGUCAGCCACAAAGAUUUCUAUUUCAAAAUUAAAAAAGAAAGCCUAGCCAGUGCUUUCUGUUGCCCUCUUGUAUGUUAAAGCACCUUUCAGGAGGGUCUGGGUUUUUCCUGCUGGGCCCCUGUUGUCCAGUAGCAGGAACUGAUGGAGUUUGUGCAACUCUUUCAGGAUGUGCCGUACAUGGUAGUGAAUAACAAGAAUGAAACUGAUCAGUUAGGUCCUCUUCUCCUGGCUAGGUGUACAGGAAAUGGAAGAGGAGAGCCCACGCAUGCCAUGGUGAUGGCAAUUGGAAGGGUGGUAGCAAGGGUGGUAGUGAUAUCUGACAGUAUCAGGUCUGGGAGGGAACAGGGGAAAAAGGGUGCACUCUACUGAGAAUGUGCCUUUUGAUGCUACUGGGAAAAGCCAAGUAUGCUAGAAAAUUUAAAGGGAAAAAAAAAAUAAGAGGGGGCUGUCAGCCUCUAUUUCAGUUUGAAUAACUCCUUCUCACUAGUUGAGUCCUCUGCAGACUCUCAUGGGCUGCACUCCAGCCUGUUGAUUUGUGCCCCACUGGCACUUUGGCUCUUUGUCCACAGUGCUACAUAUCCUCCCGGAGCAGCCAGUUUUACAGGGCAGGAACAAUGUGCAGAGGGCUGGCAGCAAGCCCUGGUGGUGCUGGCAUUUCCCCAGCCCACAGGCAUCAGUGGGGAGAGGAUUGGUGAGUCUGGAUGUGGACAGGAAAAAUGGGAGGGAAGACCUCAGGAACCAAGUGGAAGAGGAAAGCAGUAAGAAGGGACCAGUGGACAGAGAAGAGAGGAAAUAAGAGACUUAAAGAAGUUGUGAGAGCAAAGAAUAAAGAUAGGUGGAGGGGAUUUAGGCAAAGGCAACAAGAGGCUGGGGGGAAGUAAUGGAGGAAGAACAUUCUGUGGAGGAAGAACAGAGGAGAGCUAGAGCAUGGAGACCAAAGGGGCUGAAAUCAUUUGCUUCCCCCUCCUUCCAGAGCAAGCUGUCAAGCCCCAGGAUUCAGUCUCAGAACUCUUCUUUUGCAAAAUCCGCUCCUAAAAUGUGUGUUUCACACCUCCCUGCUCCCAGCUUGCUUGCUCAGCCUGCUGAGGUUCCCUCCAUAGCUCCCACAACAGAGAGCAGCAAUGCACGUGUGGGUACCUGCAACCUCCUGAUGGCCACAGCUCCACACAAGGACAUUGGAGGUGCUCUUUGUGUUGUUUGGUUUUUUUUUAAUGUUGAUGAUGUUAGAAGAAUGUAAGCUUUGACAAGUCACGCUCUGGGAAGUGCAAGAAGUCAGGUUGCCUGGGCAACCCCUGCUUGGCCUCCUGGCAUGAAGGCAUAUACAUACAGCCUUUAAUAACAUGAUUACGACCUAUUUUUU